ACAUAGCUUACAGUCAGUGCAUCUUUCGUCUUACAUGACCUCGGUAGUAUGCAUUAAGCUUGACAUACUUUUACGUACACAUGGCAGUCAGUGUUUACAUGUCAGGUCACUGCUGGCUCUGACGUCUCUUAAGAAGAUUAUGGGAUCAGUGCAGGCAGUACUGUAUUAUGGGCGCUCAGUUCUAAGGGUGCCAGCUAUAGACCAAUAGCUCUGGGUUUUCAGAAUACGAAGAAAGCUGGAGAAGGGAUGUGACUGCAUAGCAUAGCACUUCCAUCGCAAUCAUCAGUAUUUCGAGGAACCCCCCCAGCAGAUCUGUCAGGGUAUUGUAAACUGCUUCUUCUGAGGGGAACACCCUAAAUACCGGAUUCCAUUCCCAGCUCUGACCUUGUCCCAUUAGCAGGAGAGCCAGGCAAUUCGGGAGACAGUGAAGAAGAAAGGGAACGUAUCGCGAGUGGAAUUUCCCAGCUUUUCAAUAUCCAGUGGAAAAAAAGGGAGUUAUUCAAUGAGUAAUAUUAUCAACCCCAAAGCUAACAAGGAAAUACAUUUAUUUUAAAUUACUGUUCCAGACCUAGACCUAUUUCUCAGCAAAUAGAUUGGGUUUCCUUCUAUCGGAGGAGAAUACAAUUCUAUGCACCAUGAGCACCCGUGCAGUUCCCUAUCAACACAACUCGUACAGCGCGGGCCAUGGCUCCUCAGUGAUUCAGUGUUACAGGUGCCGAGACGUCUGCAAGGGGGAAGUGGUGAGAGUGCAGCACACCCACUUCCAUGUCAAGUGCUUUACCUGCCAAGUGUGCGGAUGUGAUCUGGCCACAUCAGGCUUCUUCCAGAAGAACGGGGAGUACAUCUGCACUUCGGACUACCAGCGGCUGUAUGGGACACGGUGUGACAGCUGUGGGAACUUCAUCACUGGGGAGGUGGUCUCAGCUUUAGGCAGGACCUAUCACCCUAAGUGCUUCGUCUGCAGCAUCUGCAGGAAAGCUUUCCCCAUUGGAGACAGAGUGACUUUCAGUGGAAAAGGCUGUGUUUGCCAGCAGUGCUCUCAUAUCCUGGCCAGCAGCAAUGAACCUGUGAAGAUUCACGGACCAAGCCAUUGUGCUGGGUGUAAAGAGGAGAUCAAACAAGGACAGUCCCUAUUAGCGUUGGAGAAACAGUGGCAUGUGAGCUGUUUCAAGUGCCAGACAUGUGGAAUUGUGUUGACAGGAGAGUACAUCAGCAAGGAUGGCGUUCCAUACUGUGAGUCCGAUUACCAUUCCCAGUUCGGAAUUAAAUGUGAGACCUGCGAUAGAUAUAUAAGUGGAAGAGUAUUAGAGGCUGGUGGAAAGCACUACCACCCAACAUGUGCGAGAUGUGCUCGCUGCAAUAUGAUGUUUACAGAAGGGGAAGAGAUGUAUCUCACAGGAUCUGCGGUUUGGCACCCACAGUGUAAACAGGCUGCGAGGACUGAGAGGAAACUCAAGCACAGACGUACUUCUGAAACCUCAAUUUCUCCACCUGGGUCCAGCAUUGGCUCUCCGAACCGUGUCAUUUGCGCAAAGGUGGAAAACGAGAUCCUUAAGUACAAAGAUCUCGCUGCUCUUCCUAAGGUUAAAGCUAUAUAUGACGUUCAGCGGCCCGAUCUCAUUUCCUAUGAGCCCUAUCACAGAUACACCUCAGAUGACACGCUAGAAAGAUACAGCUAUGGGGAGUCUCUGGGAACCCUUUCACCAUACUCACAGGACAUUUAUGACAGUAUUGAUCUGAGACAGAGAAGGGCAUCCAGCCCCGGAUACAUAGACUCCCCGAGUUACAGUCGUCAGGGAAUGUCACCCACUCUGCCUCGCUCUCCUCAUCACUAUUACCCAUCAGGCACUGAAAGUGGCAGAAGCUCUCCAUAUUACAGCCAGGCCGAUGUCAAGUCUUCCACUCCCACCACGUACCAAGCUCCUAAACAUUUCCAUGUGCCAGCAGCAGCAGAACCAAACAUCUACAGGAAACCCCCCAUCUAUAAGAGAUAUGGUUGUUCCCCGUCUCUCCACACAGACAACCACCACUUUGCAGGAACGAAAAGCAAGACCAGCGAGGAUAUUUUUCAGUAUUCCAAACUCCCAGCUGCCUACUCUCCACACCACUAUGAGCAAUCUGAAUCAGACUACUAUCAUUACUCGGGUUCUCCAAAAGCCCCAAGAGCUCGGAGAUUCUCAUCGGGAGGAGAGGAGGAUGGCUGGGAUCACAGCCUCCACAGGAUCCAGAGUAGCAUCGGCAGAAUGAUUCUGAAGGAAGAGAUGAAGGCGCGCUCCGGUUCCUAUGACAACGACCCCUGGGCCAGCGCUCGCAACUCCCGCAGCGGCAGCAAGGAGACCCUGCAGAGCAUCGGAUAUGAGCCGUCAAUGAAUGGAUCUCCCCGGUCUCACUACACAGCUGAUAGCGAUUCUGUUAUUUCCAAGUCAGCCUCUUUACCUGGUUAUGGGAAAAAUGGCUUACACCGGCCGCAGAGUGCUGAUUACUUCCAGUACGACAGCAGCAAUGCAGUGAACUGGGGAAUGAGAGAAUACAAGGUAAGCGCUCCUGUUUGGAAACGCCCGCUAUCAGCUAUCAACAAGGUGGCAUUCAUAAAAACCCUGAUUCAUCAAAAGAAAUGAGUUCCCUUGGAUAUUGGGGGUUGUGGCUUUGCUGAAGGAGGAGGUGUUUUAAAUGCACCAGCUAAUAUUACAGUAGUAAUGCUGACACUGCAUAACAAAACCACCAGCUCUCUUUAUCACAGUUGUUGUAUGCUUUGCUGUUUGAUAAUUGUAUAAAGUUGCUAUAAGGACAGUGAUGCCAUAGUUCAAAUGAAUUCCCAGGGCCAGUCUGGUUAUGUGAUAUGCUCAGUACAGGUGAAGUUGAUGUCAGAACACAUUUCUUAUGUGUGGCUGUUAAUUUAUUUUAAAUAUUGUACAAAUAAAUAACAGUAUUUUAAAAGUACGUUACAUACCUGAGCAAUGAAGACAGAAAAAUCGCCACUGCAUUGGCAGAACUGCCUAUAAAAACACAGGUCAGUGAAGAGGUUUGGAAGAUGUGUGCUGUUGAAUACUGUUGACAAUAGAAGCUAGAAAUGGCAAAGCCCAUGGUAAUUACGAAACCAGGAUUCAGGUUUUCAUGUAAGCCUUCACUUGGGAUGUGUCGUUCCCAUUUGAGGUAGCCACCAUUAUUAACAUGCCUCUCUUGUCUUUCUCAAGAUUUAUUCUUAUGAAGCGCUAUUAGUAACCACCAGGGGGCGAAACAGGCUGCCAAAAGAAGUAGACAGAGCCAGGUUAGAGCGCCAUUUGUCUCCAGAAGAGUUCUACCAUGUGUUUGGAAUGACAAUCACAGACUUUGACCGCUUGGCCUUGUGGAAGAGGAAUGAGCUGAAGAAACAAGCACGGCUGUUUUAAAAGCAAACACAUUAUUGUGUUUAAUACCUUAUACUCUUAAGAGAAGGGAUUCAUCAAGACGAAACAGUGAACAAAGUUACAGCCAGAAUGCAACACUGUUUUAAACCCCCCCUUUGCAAAUGUAUUGAACUUUUUUUUGUAUUCUACUUAUAGAUUCUGCCCUUUGCAAAUAUGUCUUCCCAAUUCUCUAAAGAGCUAAAUAGAUAUUGUAGCAUUUGGGCUUUUUCCUAUGGGUUGCAUCUGCAUAGCAGCAAGCUGUAUGACUAGAAUAUUAAUAACAUAUCAGCCAGUGUAUCUGACUGUUUCAGAGUGAAAAAUGCAGCAUCACUUUUUACCUUUCAAGAAAUGUAAUGCAUUUUAACAGAAACGUCUCACAAAAAUAUAUUGGCAUUAUAUAUAUUUUAAUUCAUAUUUGUGUGUGUGUGUGUGUGUGUGUGUGUCUGCGUGUUCGGUCAGGUUAUAAGCAUCACGUGUUUUUAACAAUUCCAUAACCCUUUCCCUAAAACCUUGUUAUUCCAAUGGAGCACAUUAAAUGAAUUGUUUCAAUAAUGUUUUGAAUGUGUUAUUUGUAAAUUAUACAGCUUUAGCGCCAUGUUUUUGUGGCUCAUACCUUCACCAUACACAUGUUUCAACCCAUUGAAAAUGAUUGUCACAAAGCAGUGGCACAUAAGAGAAUGUAUUAAGGUCUCCAGGAUUGUCAUGCGUUGAAACACUGUGCUGUAUGGUGGCUCUGGUGUACCACAGGGCAUGCAACCCAAGUACCCAUACUGGGGAUCUUUACGUGAGUGGAUUGUAGGUUGCCUUGUAUUUUUCUUUUUUUUUUGCAAGUUACCAAUGCUUUCAGAAAAAAAGUUUUUUGGUUUUAUAUUUUAUUUUUUAAAUGGUUUUGCUUCUGUUUCUAAA